CCGAAAAUCGUCUCAACAACAUCCCUUACGAUGGUUCUGGACUGAAGCCGAUUGUACAUGCUAUGAUCGUGGACGCAUUGAAGAAUGCUGAGCUCGACCGGCGUUUGAAGUCCGAUCCUACUCAUAUGCCUUUAAACGCAUCAGCAUUACCCGCCCGCCAUACGAUCAGGCUUGAUGGCUUUCCAUCAAACUUUCCUCUGUCAGGGGUGAGAAAUAUGGAGAUCCUCACAAAAGGCGAGCGUGGUACAGAUUUCCUGAUAGCAACUCUAUUUUCGUAUACUUUACAAAACCAUCUUCCGCUAUUAUGGUUGCAGCUAUGCACCCCGAAUUUUCCGGCCCAAGUGGCCAGCUUGUCGAGUGCUCUUACAUGGACCCAAGAAUAGACUUGAAGGCUGCUCGGCAGCUUCUCAAUCGAUCUGAUCUUGAUGGUAACGAGUUUGGGACGGCUUUAAGCAAUUUGAUCGAACUUGUGAAGUUUCAUAAAGCGGAUGAGCUUCUUUCAAGCAGCUCUGAGAUACUGCUCCAUGGAUCGAAGCAUGUUACUACGAACGAGCAGCCUGGCAUUUCAGAGUCCUCCAGCCAAGUCUCCAAUGAGCUGUCAAUUACAGAUCCCACAAAGGAUCCUGACCUGGAGGAAUUGGACGAAGCGCUGCGAAUCUCGCAAGAGAAGGGACUUGUGAUGAAGUUUACAGACCCUGGGUUAACAUGGAAAACAAUGAGAAACAGCGUUAUUGUCACCAAUCUGCCAUCCUCCGGAGAAAGAAUUAUGAAAGAGGCCGAACAAAAUUUACGGGAUGCGUUUCGAAUUCCACAAACAGUCAAAUGUUAUAUGAGGAAACCUCGUGGUCUGAAAUUAUUUGCUCUCCACGCCACAUUGGUGUUUGAUACCCCAGCUGAGGCGAUAGCGAUGGAAAGUCAAAUUGACCAGAAAUUUUUUCAAGGACGUGUCCUUGGUUGCAGAUAUCUCGGAUAUGGAACCAAGAAUUUUGAAGCGCAUGAUUCUGCAAAGGAGACUGCUGAUUCAAUGGAUUCAGACGCUGCAGACGAAGUGACUUCUGACAACCACCAACCAGCAUCAGAAAAUCCGGUAGCGGAUGAUAUCGAGAUCGUUCUUGGCACGGCAAAAUCUACAUCUGCGUUGACACGUCUGACUAAUCAUCUGAAUACCUUUGUGCGCCCCCGACAGACCAAGGAAGAGCACGUUCCUCCGUUGGAAGUUAGUUCUGAGCAUGUGGCUGAAGAUGAGAGAUCUGUGGAGGUAGUGGAGACCGGAAACAUGAGGGAAGACGAGAAAGUUGUACCUGGAAAUACGGACGAUGCGGAAAAGCUCGCCGAAGGUCAGCGAACCAAGCAAGGAGGCCAACAGAUGCAGGACAAACCGGUUGAAAAUGAUGCGGAGGACCAACAGGACAUCGCCGGAAUAAGAUCUCUCAAUCCUGAGGAUCUGAAUCCAGACCCCAGCAGAGCUGAUGAAGGAGUUGCAUCUGAGCUCAUGGAAGAUGUAGGAUAAGUGGUUGAGGACCAACAUGCGAAGCAAGACUAUCGAGCUUUGUAUGAUCAGGCGCCUGAGAACGAUGGUCAAGACACUGCUUCAGAAAGACUGUUAGACUCUGAGGAUCUGAGUCGAGAUGACAUCGGGGAAGA